AGCCAUGAUCAGCAAGACUUAGCAUUUCAGAACCAAAUGCAAAUUAAUCUUUGAGGGAAAAGCUCAUAGGUAAAACAAAAUCAUCUGUGAAUGUUGUCCUCAGCUUUUCAGCUUUAAAGUGUUGUUUAUUAAUAGGCCAGUGGUUUGUCAGGAUGUGUAGCAAGUCGUCUGUGCGAGUGGUUGAUUUUUGAAUGUGGACUGGUUGGUACCGGACACAUUUGAAGUGACAUGGGGCUCUGAACUGAUCAUUCGGAAAACAGUCUAUCCCCCUGCCCCCAUUCCAGCCAUCUGAUUCACUUUCCUAGCAUAUCUGUGCUGGCCCAGCUGUAGCCCUGACGAUAGGCCUAAUAAAACCAGGGUCAUUUGCAUACCAAUAGCAGGCGCCAUGUGUGGCUAGCUCCUAGUGCCCCAGAAACACGGACUAUGAGGGGACAAGGAAGACUGAGCUCCAUGUUGGCUUUUCUUUGUCCUCUAAAUAGGCCUUAACUCUAAUCCACAAUUAAUUUUGUGGAAUUGUCCCAUUUUAUUGAGCUUAACCAAAUCUCUGUCUCAAUCUGAAAAUUCUAAAUCUAUAAAAUGAGUGUAGGGUGCAAAUAUAACAACUUAUUCUGUUCAUUUUACCGAGCAGUUUGUUUUCAGGUCUUCAUCUGAAGGAAGCUGUUGUUUGGACCUCUUGUCAUCAGAUCACUGAAGGCCUUUAGACAAGGUGACUGAGGGUGCAGGACCCCUUGACCUCAUGGCUUUGUAGGGCAAGUCUUGAUUCCAAUGAGAACGAAAGCAAGCAAAGCUUUGUCUAAAAUUCUUGACCAGUAUAACACCAAUGUUUCACAAAAAGUAGUUACCAAGUUAACUGGAUCAACUAACAUAACUAGAGAGGGGCUAAAAGUAAGAUUUUAAAUGUUUGUGGUGUAUAAAGUGUGUAUAAAGUUUUUUUGUUUUGUUUGUUUGUUUUUGGACUAAAGGUCAGAGGCGAAUGUGUAAAAGCUUAGCACAAGUUACAGAGAAAAUGACCCUAACUCUCUCAAUCUAAACUGAUGUUUGUUUGGUUGUUUUGUUUUGUUUUUUGUCCCAAAAUUUGUUGGGCAACCCAUUUCAUACAAGCAGGACAAUGUUAACUUAAAAUUAACAGCAUUACAAUUACACUUUUACUGUUACUACAGGUUUAACUGCAAAAAACUGAAUGACUACCAAAAUCCCUUGUGGCUGUCAAAUGAUGUCAGUUUUGAAGCUCAUUGAGGAUAGAAAGGUUGUCUGGGAGGCAGACGACAGCUUGGAUUGAGGGGUGAGGUGGCUGAUCUGAUUGUGUAAGAGAUUCUCUAUUCUCUUAAGCCUCCUGCCCCCCCACCCUCCAUGCUGGGGUUAUGUUCCCCCCUGGGACCAUAUGGCAAAGUCUGAGCAUAACCAGCUCACCUCAGCUUCGUAGUGUUUUGUUAAUGAGCUUAAUGAGAGAAGAGGAAAAUGGUAUGACGCAUUCUAAUAUUGUCUUUGUUGUGUUUAAGGUCCACCACAGAGGCAUUUUCUCAUAUUUCUCAACUUCCAUGAAAUGUGAUAAUAUGAGUAGACAUAGAUUUGACCAGGAGAGGGCGCUAUAACACCAUGUAUCAGCAGACAUGUAGUCUGGUGAAUUAAGAGCACUCUGUUAAUGCAGUUGGAUUAGAGAACCUUUGUCCUGGUGAACUUUUGAUACAUUGACCUCUACCCCUCAUUAACCUCUCUGUAGUGCUAAAGAGUCCACAAACAUUCAGUAAUCAGAACUAACAGUCUAAAUUUCAGGUGGUCUUUGUCCUGUCUUCUGCUGUGUGUCCAGUCAAUUGUUGGUGAGCUCUUAGUGUAUGUGUUCCUCCCCCUGCUGCCUAGGAAUAUGAAAAUGGUGGAUAUUGUAGGUCAGAAAAUGCCCUCAGAGAAUGACGUGCAUGUGGCAAGAAGCUUUCUCACGAAGAUUUUGCGAAGUUCCAUGAGGCGGAAUGAACCCAUAAGCAGGCCUCACUCCUGGCACUCCACCAAGUUCAACGAAAGCCAAUCAGAAACUGCCAAAACACAGUCUCCACCUACGCCAGUCUGGCACACCAGAUAUGAUGCAAGCUCAUCCUCCACCGAUCUCUCCUCUGGCUGGGAGCAGACAAAUCUGCGCAGAGUGUCUGACCAGUUCAGCUCUCAUGGCAGUAUGGACAGUCUAGAACAUGUCUCACACCCGUACCCUGCUGGUCAGCUGUCACCUGCCAAGUCUAACAACAGUAUGGAGCACCUUGGAGGAGGGAAACGAGACUCAGCCUACAGCUCCUUCUCCACCAGCUCUGGCACACCAGACUACACCCUCUCAAAAAGCAAUGCUGCCUCAACAGAGAACGUGCUCUAUAAAAUCAGCCAGUGGGAUGCAGGAGGAAAACACAACAAUGCCAGAAACAGUCAGAGCCUGACUGAGGGAGGCGGACAGGACGAUAGGCUCACAUACUUUCAGAUGCCAGGAGUUAGCGCAGGUUAUGAGGGUCCACAGAUUGAGGACCCACCUGGCUCCCGCCAUUCCACUUCAAGUAGAACCAGCUGUGGACCUGUAUGGCAUGUCCCUGAGAAAAAGAAGACUGCAUCCCCAUCCCCUCCCCCACCACCUCCACCUGCACGUAGUGACAGUUUUGCUGUGACUAAGGUACAUGAAAGGGGGCUUGCUAUAGCUCAUCCUGAGGGACCUGAUUCCAGUGAAAGUCGCCGCAGUCACAACCUUCCCCUAAAAAAUGACAGCGACAGUUUUUACUCUUCGUCUGAUAAAUCUAGCCACAACCAGUUCAGCUCAAACAAGCAGUACUCCCUGUCCAGCAGUGAUGUUCAGCAAGGCCAGCCUUAUCAUCAGAGACACCAUAGUGACAAAAGCACUUUUUAUUCUCAGCCCUGGGCUACGUCUGUACCAAAGCCACAGAACGUAGGUAGCUACCAUUGUAGCAUGCAAGAACUGCCUACUAACGGUUCUGCACAACACUUUGGUCAGAACCAGAGAAGGAACUUAAGCACCUCCUCGUCUACCACAGCCACUGACCAAAACACUGACGGCAGUGGACAUAGUCGAUACUACUGUGUUACAACAUGCCAGCCCACGCAGCCUAACCCCCAGCUGAUGUCAGGAAAACCAGAGGACAGGAGGAGUGUCAUAGGUGUAGACUUGGCACAGAGUGGAAGUGAGCGUAAUUCUCUUAGCCCACAGACAGUCACUAAAGUGAAGUAUCAUCUGCCCCAUCAACACUCCCCACACAGUAAGGACAGUAAUGGAUACAGCAAGCACCAAGUUACUACUGUACUAGAAACCUCUGUACCUAAACUCAGCUCUGAUGACAGGGGAAGCCAGAGGGGACACAACACACAAAAUGCAGAAGCUCAGUAUGUGAGUUACCCUCCUAGCAGACAAUCUGAACAGCGAAGGUCUCUCCCACUACAACACAGAGAAAUACCCCAAGACAUUAGAUACCACAGUCAAGUGAGCAACAAAAUCAGCCCCCAGGCAACCCCCAUGCUGCACUCUCUAUCCAUGGAUGCUACAGGCCAAGAUGAGAAAACAAGAGGCACAAUCUCUGAGGAGUCUCUCGAAAUCAAGCAGGUAAAGCGCAGUGAACGUUUUGCCACAACGUUAAGGAAUGAAAUCCAGAUGAGAAGAGCCAAGCUGCAGAAAAGCAAAAGUUCAGCUGUCCUUCCUGGUGCUGAGGGUGUGACUGAAGAGGACCAGGAUGUCUGGAAGUCCCCUGAAAACACCACCCCAACUUCUGCAGAUGGAUCCUUUACGAACACCUACAAGGAUCAUCUGAAGGAAGCACAAGCGAGGGUCCUCAAGGCAACCUCUUUCAGGAGGAAAGACCUGGAGCCUGUCUUAGUGGAGAACCCUGCAGCAGAGGCCUUACCUAAUUACCCAUCCUCAGUGCUGGCCCGCAAAGAUAUCACCCCUCUGCCAACUGUCACAGAAUCAGUAAUGAGUAAACCAGGGCCUGCUGCUGCUCAGGUAACUCGCAUUGGAGGCCGGAAGCGUUUUCCCGCAGAAAAGAAGGUGAGGUCUUUCUCUGAACCAGACAAAAUCAAUGAGGUUGGGGUGAAAGAAGAUCUUCCUCACAAUGAAAAUACAAGCUCCUCACUUGAUCGACAGAAGCUCUACAAAGAAAGUGGGAAACCAGGGUUCCCCAAUCACAUGCCUCUACAAAGCUACACAGAGAACCAAGGCCAAGAUCUUGCCUCCGUCAGUGCAACAGGAGACUCAUUGAAGGGGAUCAAGAGCAGAGAAUACACUGAGGGGGCCCAGAGAGUUCCUUAUUCUGCACACAAGCAGUCUGUCCUAGACCAGCAAAGACUGGGUACCUUCGCUGAGUAUGAGGCAAGGUGGAAUAUACAGAAGAAACCCCUAGAAACAAGAGCCUCUGGACGGUACCGGUCAGCUGAUAACAUUCUGGAUCCAGGACCAGAGGACAAAACCAAAACCACCUGUUUCCAUGAGAGAUCCAGAUCCUCUCCUUCAGCUGACAUCUAUGGGCAGAAGAUUCCAGUUCCUGCAAGAAAGUCUGAGACUGAGUAUUCCCAGACAGAAAGUAAACCUGCUGAACUGCUCAGCUCUGCUACAGGGUUCUCUGACAGGGGGCCCGGUAACUGUAAAGUGAGAGAAAAGCCAGUGGAGUUUGAACAUUACCCAGCACCACCCCCUCCGCCCAUGACAGGAGCCAACCCCGACUGCAGACACAGAGCUGCUCCUGCCACCGUGAACCACAGACCCACAUCUAUCUCUCACAGUCUGCCAGAGUCUGCCCUCCCUCAGCCUGGGGACCAAGGCCACAUCGAGCCGCCAUCUGGACCGAGGAGGAAGCCCUCUGCGCUGGAGAAGCCUCCCCCUCCCAGAUGCCCAGAGCUCAACUCCCACGAGUCCUUCACCAGUUCCCAGAGUGAGGUCCUCACCCACUGCUCUCCUAACGCUGACCCUAACUCCGCCUUUUCCCCCUCCUACUCUGCAGAGGGAGAUUCUGAGCAGGGCAAAGGACUUGUGGACAAAGGACAAGGGGCAGUACAUCUAUCAACAUCCAAUCCUCAGCCUGCCUGCUCUCCCCCAGCUUCCUCCUACAGACCUUCAGGGCUGGCCAGCAUGGAGGGGCAGCGCUCACCAUCUCCACAGUUUUCCCCACAGAGACUCAGCGACAAGCCUCCUGUCUCUCUGCAGGAUGAAGACUCAAACAGGAUGGAGCAUGUGAUAGAAAGGCAAAAUUCUGCAGUGAAGAAAGUGCCCAUCAGGAUUGUCCACUCAGAGGGAGUCACAGAGAAGGAGAAUUGUCCGUUUUUGCAGCACAGCGACUCUGCUGCUGUUGAAGCUGAGGCUCCUGGUGUUAACAGACUCAGCAGUCUGGGAGCCGCAGGGCAGGACUCUGUCUUCUGUGCCUUUAAUCGGCAGAAAGAGCCCGACAGUCUGCCAGCUGCUCAGACAGAGCCGAAGCCCCAGAGAGACACAUACAUGACCACUAUCAGAGAUCACAUCAACUCCAACUGUCAGCAGCCACCGCAGCCCACAGACGAGCCCAGCAGCAACAGGACAGCCGUAACCACAGGAGUGACUGAAGAGGACCAGAAGAGAGAGGAGCUGGCCAGAGACAUCAUGGGGAAAGACAAGUCACUAGCUGAUAUUCUGGAUCAGAGCAAGAUGAAGACCACCAUGGACUUGAUGGAGGGUAUCUUCCCUCAGGGGGAGCAGCUGUUGGAAGAAGCUCACCAGCGCAGGAAGGUGCCCUCGAAACAGAGCGUGUCCCGGCCUGCUGAGGAAAGGGAAAAGGAGGACAGUAUGGCAGCAGGUGUCACCAUGGUGACCAGCUCUACAUAUUACAGCACAUCUGCACCCAAAGCUGAACUCCUUAUCAAGAUGAAGGAUAUGCAGGAGCAGGAGGAGGAAGACUCAGAGGACGAGUUAGACAUUGAUCUGGCCAACAAGAAGCAAGAGCUAAUUGACAGCCUCACCAAGAAGCUUCAGGUGCUGCGGGAGGCCAGGGAGAGUCUUCAGGAGGACAUUCUGGACAACAACGCUCUGGGAGACGAGGUAGAGGCCCAAGUUCAGCAGGUCUGCAAACCUAACGAGCUGGACAAGUUCAGGAUGUUUGUUGGGGACCUGGACAAGGUGGUUAGUCUGCUGCUGUCCCUGUCGGGCCGUUUGGCCAGAGUGGAGAACGCCCUCAAUAGUCUGGAGGAGGACGCUACCGCUGAGGAGAGGCGUACCUUAAUUGAGAAGAGGAAGCUGCUGAUACGACAGCAUGAGGACGCGAAGGAGCUGAAGGAGAACUUGGACCGUCGGGAACGCAUUGUUUAUGACAUCCUGGCCAGCUACCUGCAGGAGGACAACCUCACAGACUAUGAGCACUUUGUCAAGAUGAAGUCUGCGCUCAUCAUCGAGCAACGCAAACUCGAGGACAAAAUCAAACUGGGCGAGGAGCAGCUCAAGUGUCUGAUGGACAGUCUUCCAAUAGAACAGAGGCUGUCCUUGUGAAGAAGUUGGACACUGUCUUCGAAAACAGCCCAGAACUCUUGAUGACAAAGACUGGUCAUGAUGUUCCAAGUUGCAGUUGAGCCCUGAGUCCAGUAGAGGGAGACAGAGACAAGAACUUGCAGAGACAAACCCCCUGUUUGCAACAAGGGUUGUUGCAUCUUCUGACAUUUUUCAAUUCACAUCUCCUGAAGGGGACGGUCACAGCACCACUUGGACUAAUAGCAUCCAUAUGUAACUCCUUUGUGACAGAUGCUGCUUUUCCUGGCAUCAACCAACCACUGUGUCUAAUGUCUUUCAUGCCAUUUUUUUGCUGUUUUUAUUUCAUGUUGUUGGCUUGGUGUUUUUUUUUUUUUUUUAGUAAUUUAUUGUAGCCUUUUGAAUCUGUGCAGGAGGGGACAGUAUUUUAUCUUCAACUGAUUUGAGCAGCCAUGCUACCUGAUGUGUGUUACACGCUGAGCAACUAGGAGUAUUUAUCAUGUUUAUGUUGAAAUAAUUUCACGCCCUGAAACCCUUUUCAAGUAAUCCAUUAAAUCUGGCCAAAUAUUUCAGCAAACCUUUCUGUUAACAUUUAUAUAUAAAAUAGUGGCCUUUUACCAAGAUUUUUGUGCCCUUGAAUUUCUUCACUGAAAAAACUUUUCUUCUGUGAUAAACAAGACAGAAGGAUGUUGGUGCAGCAGCCAUGUGAAUGUACUGGUCAUUUUAAAGAGCACUUGUUCAAUGUCACUAAACAGAAGAAGCACUUCACAUCCAGACUUAAACUCAAGUAAAACCCACAUUUAAAGUGCCUGGGGAGUCCUCCAUGUCACUGCAAACACUGUCCGCUCUUUAAUCCAUUUCACAUGUUGCAUCCGUCAGUGCUGUUCUGUUUUCUUCACAGCCAGAAGAUUGGGUUUUAGAUUAUGAUAUUGCCACGUGUAAGUUGACCAAGUGUUUCUGUAUUUCGUCUUAUUACUUCACUGUGUUUUGUUAUUCAUGAUGCAGAUGUUUCAUGCAUAGCUACCACAUUUGUUACUUGACCUCUACAUAAUUUCAACACUAAAAAUUGUUCAGGUUGAUCAUUUUGUAACCAAAUAUGGAAAAAAAAAGCAUUCCAAAGCAUUUUGACCAGCUUGAACCUGAGUCUAUCAAAUGUCCAAAUUUCAGACUGUGAGGAUUAAAUCAGUCUCCCAAAGGUAGAGUCCUACUGGAGGAUGUUUGUUCUGCACAUUUGAGUAUGUUACAGUUUGAAACGCUUCAUGCACUGCUACAGCCCAACUCUUAACACUUUAUCAGCUGCGCUCCUUUAUCUCAAAUAAAGAGUCUGCUGAAAUCA